AUGUUCAUAUGUUACGUGAGCACGUUACUUCCCAGAUGCCCCGGCCGAGAAAGGGGGAUAACCUCAGGGUCCCCGUCUGAAAGAGCCAAACCUGCAGGACAACAGGACGGAAAAAAUCCCGUGUUUCUGUUUUACUCCGAAGAUUCCCCUGGGAUUAAAGUGGGACCGGUCCCAGUACUUGUGAUGAGCCUUUGCUAUAUUGUAUCUGUUUUCUUACUUCAUUUUUGGGGCAAGUAUACCCGAUCUGCUUGA